AUGGAGGACGAACCACCCCAAGCAGUCCGCAACUGCCGUACCUGCAAGCGAGACCUGCCCGAAGUCGAAUUUCGAAGCGUCAAGGACCCUACGAAGUUUACAGGACAGUGUACCAGCUGCAGGGUACGCCAAAAGGAGCGGGUAGCCGAAUCCCGAGCAGCCAUUGCUGGCUUGCGGAAUAUCGCGUCGAGGCUAUCGCCACGCAAGGCUACGAAGAGGACCGAUUUGCUAGCUGACUUGACACCUCCGAGGCGGACUGCGCCAACGCCUUUGCCUGUGAACAGCCAACAGCCUCCUUCCACGCCUGCUUUAUUCCGUAGCCUGGCUCCUGCAGUCCAGGGACCGUUCACACCAGGCGAAGUCGAUAACCCUUCUUCAUUUACUCCGACGCUUAGCAUGCCAACAGUAGUUCUGGGCACACCGAUUCCUCCAAGCACUCUUUCUGCGGCUCCUGUUGUGCUAGGCACCCCUAUACCACAGGAAUCGCUUCCUAUCACUCCUUCAUUACCGCCACAGAAUCAGCGCCGCGGCCGCUAUACACGUCAACGCACUUUUAACCCACGGCCACGGCCACAGCCGCAAGAGCGACAGUUCAAUCAGAUAGUUGAUUCACCCUUUACCGGAGACCUCAACUUGCCUGCCCUUAGUGAGGAAGAUCAAGUCCUUGUGCGGGAGUUCUAUAGUGCCCUGAAUGACGAUAACAUGCUAAGCUGCCUUCGUUGCAAGGAGCGUUGGUUCGAUAUGAAGCGAAAUAAAUUGAACAUCUGCAGCCGCUGCAUUAGUCGAGACAGGAAGAGAGCCUCGGACGAGCCCUACUUCUUCAGUGCUGCUAAUAACCUUGACUUUGGGGAAGUCCCCAACAAUCUACCUGAUCUGACGAUAGUGGAAGAGAUGCUUAUUGCCAGGGUUCACGUACAUGUGAAGGUUCUACAGGUACGUGGCACCCAAUACAAAUACCGCGGUCACGUUGUCCACUUCCUUCGCAAUGUUGGUAAGCUAUUUCAAGAGCUCCCAGUCUUACCUGAAAACCUAGAUAUCGUACUUCUACGGCCCCCUACUAUGGACGGCGAGCCUCGCCCCCAGCAACAGUUUGCUCGCGAUUUCCGGGUACGCCGCUCAUGCCUGUUGAUUUGGCUACGAUACUUGCAGCGCCACCACCCGGGCUAUCGCGAAAUUGUUGUGCGCGAGGAUCUCCUGCAAAGGCUUCCUGUUGAUGGCAGCAUAAUUGAAUCCAUUGUCAGCCAAGUGGCUGACAUACCUGACAGCGAGGCGCCCCACGGCCCUGUUGCGGAGGCCGCAGAAGAGGAAGAGGAGCCAAGCGAUGCCGACGCAUCAGCUAUCCCGAAUUUGCAGGUUACCGAAACCGAGUUAAACGCCCUGCAGUCCCGACUCUUCAACGGUACACCUGAUUAUGAGGGUGUUACUGUUCUUGAGGAUAUGUCGCGCGGUGCGCAGGCUCAGCACCAGAUGUCAUUGCCUUCCAUUCGCAGGACCCCUAUCAACGAAUUCAACCAUUCCCAGCCGCUGUUAUCGCUCGCGUUCCCCACCCUGUAUCCUGAGGGCAAGGCGGACUUCACAGAGCCCCGCCUGCGGAGCAUCACGUACCAGGACUAUCUUGCCCAUGCGAUGAGAUGGCAAGAUGGACGUUUUGCCCGCCAUAAGACGUGGCCUUUCGUCGCCUUCAACACGCUGCUACGUGCACAGGUCCGGAAGAGAAGUAACUACUUCGUCAGGCAGCAAGAAGGCCGCCGUGGGGCCCUCACACGCGCUGAGCUAGAGGAGGCAAUGGCUAAGCCUGACGAGCCAGAGGCGCAGGCUAUGAUCCAGUCGAUCACACGCCAAGCCGCUGUAAUCAGGGGUACCCGGCCAUAUUGGUAUAAGCAAAGAAAGGAGUUAGAAGCAUAUGCCUAUAACCUAGGUAGGCCUGGCCUUUUCGUCACUGCAAGUGCAGCUGAUUACCACUGGGAGUCCCUAUACCGUCAUAUGCCUCGAUUCCAGGAGUGGCAAGCAGCUCCUGAGGCAGCCCGGAUGGCCCUGUCACGGCAACUGCUGCGAGACAACGCCCAUAUUGCCGCCUACCACUUCCAUAAACGCUAUACUCUGUUUAGAAGCAUUGUCGUGAAGCAGAAGUUUAACCUAAUAGACUUUUGGGGUCGGUACGAGUGGCAGGGCCGGGGGUCUAGCCACCACCACGGCCUAUAUUGGUUAAGUGGCCAUCCCGACCUAGAUCCAGACAACGACGAGUCUCGAACACGUUUCGCCCGCGUCUGGGGAUACCACGUAUCUGCUGUCAACCCAGAGCCUCAGCGAAUACAAGCCCCUGGAGAAGGGAAUCCGUUGACCCUGAAUCUUUUGCAGCAGCCCCUCACCGUUCAGCUCCUAUCGAUGGUAGUCAACCGUGUACAACGUCACCACUGUAACAACUACUGCAUGCAGCUCAAUAAGCGUACCAAGCAGGUGGAGUGCCGCUUUGGAUUUCCUCACGGUCAGCGCCUACUAGCCUCCCUUGACAAGCUUCCUCAUUCUAAGCACUGGUGCUUCAGGGGCGAGCGGAACGAUAGCCAGAUUAACCACUACAACCGCCUGUUGACCGUUGCGUGGCUGGCCAAUACAGAUAUCUCGCCCUGCACGAGCCUGCAGCAGGUAGUCGAUUAUGCUGCCAAAUACUGUUCCAAGUCGGAAAAGAAGAGUGAGUCUUUUGCCCAGAUUGGGAAGGCCCUGAUGCCACGAGUCAAGGACCAGAAUCCCCUGAUAUCCUUCACGUCAAAACUCCUGAAUCAGCUAGUUGCUGAGCGGGACUACUCGAAGCAGGAGGUGAGCCACUUGCUCCUGGGUUUGCCGUUGCAGGAAGGCUCACGGACCUGUCUAUAUGUCGACUGCCGUAGACCGGGCAGGCAUUCCCGCUCCCUACAAAUGGAUGGUGAUGAGGUUGACGAGGCCCCCAAUGUCUAUGAAAAAUACAAGCAGCGCCCAGAAUCCCUAGGGGACCUGGCUUACGUUUCCUUCCUCAAAUACUGGAACUUCCGUCCUAGGGACCCUUCCAAGUGGAAGCAAUGGCAGCCAGGAAACGUCAACGGCAGGCCGCGUGUAUUAGUGUACUUCCCUCGCUAUCAGGCUGAUCCAGAAGGGCAACAGUGGCCGGAUUACUGCCGUGUUAAGCUGACCUUGAAUCACCCCCAUCGCCACCUUGAUGAGCUCCUGACAUUUGAUGGCCAAACUUUUCGUUCUCACGUGCAGGCUUUCUCCUAUUGUUGGCAGCACCACAGUCAUAGUGAUGACCAUUACGGCCGACCAAAGGAGGUUCAAUUGCAGCCUCAAGAGGAUCAAUACGAGGCUUUGCCCGUGGAGGAAGAAUAUGAUGACGAAGACUGGAUGCGCCUCGCUGCGCUUUUGCCCGACAAUCCCCUUACCCAGGAAGGUCUUGACCUACUUGGCCGCCGCGAUAUCGAUGUUAAUUAUGACUGGACACGGCAUGUAGGCACUUAUCCGGAAUUGCGAGCCAGCUACUGGAAAGACCUCAUCGCUAGCCACCCCAUAGCCAACGAUGUGGAGGUCCUUGGCCCUCAGUGGCGUGAUCCGCUCAACCCACAACAACGGCUCGUGUACGACACCUGCGUGGGCCACUUCUUGGCCAAAACUCCAGCUCAAAUACUUCUCCACGUUGAUGGUGGUGGUGGCACAGGCAAGUCCUUCCUCAUCAAAGUGCUAUCCUCCCAUCUGCAGGCGACUGCCCUACCGGAUCCUAGCCCUAUUUGCCGCGCAGCUCCAACCGGCGUUGCGAGUAACCAGAUACAAGGCAGCACCAUUCAUUCGCUAUUACGUCUCCCAGUAGGUGGUGCUUUUACCGAUCUUUCACCAGCGGACGCAGCUGCUCUUCAGUCCCGCCUACGGCACGUCAAAUACCUCGUUAUCGACGAAAAGAGCAUGCUAGGGCUUGAGCAGCUAGCGAGGAUCGAUUCCCGCCUCCGGCAGGCCUUUCCACAGCGUAGCUCCGAGUUCUUUGGUAGCGUCAGCGUCUUGCUCGUGGGUGAUUUCUUCCAGUUACCGCCAGUCCGGCAAAAGCCGCUGUAUUCGACCAGCACCAACCUAUCUUUGUUGGAAAGGAAAGGACAGGCCGCCUACCAGUUGUUUGACCGCAGCGUCUUCCUGACCACGGUACAGCGCCAGGCUGGCGAUGAGCAGGCCCGGUUCCGUCAGGCGUUGCAGGAAUUGCGUGAAGUUAACUUAUCUAUUCCGUCCUGGAACCUUCUUAGCAGUCGGGUACAGGCCAAGCUAACACAGACCGAGGUCGACAGCUUUAGCGCAGCUUUGCGGGUGUACUCUACAAAGGCCCGGGUCAACGAAUAUAAUUACGAACAUAUGGUUCACCUCAACGCGCCAGCAAUACAAGUGGAGGCAAAGAAUCAGGGCAAAGGCGCAGCGCAAGCGCCAAGCGACAACGCUGGAAAUCUAUCCAACAAAUUUCCCGUUGCUAAAGGCGCAAGGCCAGCCGGCCUAGUGAACGGGGCCCAGGGCACUGUGUACGAUAUCGCCUGGAACGCAGGUGCCGACCCAUAUAAAGAUCCCCCAGCGGUUAUUAUGGUAGAUUUCGACAGCUACGACGGACCGUCGUAUCUAACAACUACCGAAGGCAGGAAAAUCUGCCCAAUACUCCCAGUCACCCGUGACUUCCUAGUGGGCAACGAGACCUGCUCUCGCACGCAGUUUCCCCUAAUUGUGGCGUUUGCUAUCACUGUUCACAAAUGCCAAAGCCUAACGAAGGAUAGAAUAGUUACUGACCUCUCUACGCGCGACUUUCAGGCCGGUAUUGGCUAUAUUGCUAUCUCACGGGUCACCUCGCUGCAAGGCUUGCUCCUUGAAGCGCCUUUCGACCGUCAGAGCCUCUAUAACCACACGCCCACGGAAGGGAUGAAGAUGCGCUACAUUGACCAACAACGCCGUCAGGCUCAACAGCUAACCAGCCCACCGUAUCCACCAGUCUACCUUGACUAG